AUGUCAUCAGAACAAGUCCGUCCAGUCAUUGAAUGUUUUUGUCAGAUUUUAUCAUCAUAUGGAUUUUCAACGAUUACAUCGGAAAUAUUUCGUUUGGCUAAAUUUGAUCAAAAUGAAGCAACUGUUCCAUUGUGGAGAUUACUAUAUGAAAUGAUUCAUAUUGAUUCAGAUAAAAUUAGUCAAAAUAAAUUUGAUCAAACACCAAAAGAUGAAAUCGUUGAUAUAAUCAAACGUGAUCUUUAUAAACGUGGAUAUACUUAUGAUUAUUUUUUAUCACUUGAUAAUAAUAUGCAAGAAGGUAGUCGACAUCUACUUGUUUGCGUUGGUUGGCUUAUCUAUCAUGUUAAAUUAAUUGAAAAAUGUAUGAAACAAUGUUUAAAUUCGAUUUCUAAUCCUACAGAGAUUGUUGAAAAUGAUAAAUGUGAUUUAAUCGAACAAAUAAAACAAGCUUUACAUUCCAAUUCAAAAAUCCGUUCAUGUUUACGAGCAAUUGAACAUAAAAAUCCUGAAGAUAAUCAUCCUAUGUCAUCAUUUGAAUCCCAACUUUGUCAAUAUCCUCAUCUUAUAACUCAAUAUUUAACUGAACUUGAUAAUGAACAUUAUAAAUUAAAUUUAUUUCUAUUCUGGAAUAAACAUGAAGAUAUCUUUUGGAAAUGGAUGGAAAGUGUACUUGAUCAACCGACGACAAUUGCUGAGAAUAAUGAAUUAUUACAUGAAAUUGAUUGUCAACAUUUAGAAGCGGAAAAACAAAAAUUCAAUGCAACUAUUGAUACUCUUGAUAGUGCAUUAGUUCGACUUGAACAAUUAUGGAUAUCGAAUGAUGAUCAUGCGUCGAUUGAAAAUGAUGUUUCAUCAAUUGUCGCGUCAAUUGAUAAACAAAUAUCAUCUCUUUUUAAUAAAUUAUUAGAUACGAAUUCUGUAUUUAUAAAACAAUCUGUUUCGGAAUAA